GCGGACCCCAGUCUUCGAAUUCUUCGUUAUCUACGCAAGAAUAUCAUGCCUAUCAUUCUGUGUGCGUGCCAUGCCUUGUUUCGGAAGUUGGGCUCAAGCGAGAGGCAGAGUUUUCUCCUCCCAUGCGCUGCUGGUGGCCCAUUGCUGAGGCCUGUAAUGACGAGCAGUGAUCCCGGGAACGAUGGGUGUCAGCCACAGGCCGUGCAGCAUCAGUGUGACACUAGCUGCCUAUUCUGGACGUGGAGAUGUGACGAUGACGAGUGAGCAUUGAUGAUGUCCACUCCCACAAGCUUGUUCGCCUCGUCGCACGCGCUCCCAACCCGUGCAUUCCGUGGGAAGAGAGAGGGGGGGGUUGGUGAUACGUCUGCUGGCCGACAGGCGGCUUGUCCCUCCUUGUUGUCGUUGUCGCCCGAGAAGCCCAGCGAGGCCAACCGUUAUGCAUCGACUUGUGUCUGUCCGCCGCGCUUCAUUGCGCUUGGCGGACUGAUUGGCCACAUUGUGCAACCCAGGUUCUUCCUUGAUCCACAUAUGGGACUCGAGGUCACUGCCUCUCGCGUGCACAUGGCAAAACUAAAAGUAGCAUCAGGCGAUAGCCCAGGGUAGAUCGACGGAUCCAGUAAUCGGCAUGGAUAAAAGGGUGCGUUGAGACUGACCCGGGUCUGCAUCCAUCUGGUAUCCACGAUGCUGGCUUUCGGCUUCCUCGCGCUCGCGCUGACCUUUGCGUCUGCCACGCCCGUCUUCGACACGCUCGUCCUGCACGAGCGCCGGGCGGCUGCUCCAGAGGGUUUCGUCGCGACGGGGUUGGCGCCAGCUGAGCAGACGCUCCAGCUGAAGCUCAACCUGGCGCAGAACAACCUCGCAGGGCUGGAGGCCCAGCUGCUCGCCGCGGCCACUCCAGGAAGUGCGACCUACGGACAGUGGCUGUCCAAGGACGAGGUCGACUCGUUCUCCGCUCCCACUGCGGAGACGACCGCCGCUGUGUCCGAGUGGCUUUCCUCGCACGGCCUGACGUCAACGACCCUCUCGCCCUCUGGUGACUGGAUCUCCGUCACCGUCCCCGUAUCCAAGGCGAACGAGCUGCUCGCCGCCAACUACCAUGUCUUCACGCACACCUCCAGCGGCACCGAGUCGAUCCGCACACUCGAGUACUCCAUCCCCGCGGCGCUAAAGGACCACAUCCGCGUCGUGACUCCCACAACGAGCUUCAGCGGCCCCCGUCCGCUUCCACCCGUGAUAUCUGUGGGAAACCCGAAGCCGCAGUCGCACGUGGUGCCGGUGUCCGACGCUGUCCCGGCGUCGUGCAAGAACACGAUGACGCCGACGUGCCUGCAGGCGAUGUACGCGAUCCCCACGACGCCCGCGACGAGCAAGGCCGGCUCGAUUGGCGUAGCUGGAUUCGGGGACCAGUUCGCCAACAAGGCGGAUCUGACGCAGUUCCUCAAGGCGCAGCGCCCUGAUAUCAGCUCCACGACGUCGUUUGGCCUGACCUCGGUCGACGGCGGCACGAACUCACAGUCGUUGAGCCAGGCUGGCGUCGAAGCCAACUUGGACAUCCAGUACACCGUUGGCCUGGCAACUGGCGUCCCGGUCACAUUCGUCUCGGUGGGCACCACCAACAAGGACGGCGCGGAUGGAGGCUUCCUUGACAUCAUCACUGCGCUUAUCGCCGAAAGUGCCCCGCCUCAGGUCCUGACGACCAGCUACGGCUUCGACACCGAGGCAUCCCUCUCCAAGCCCCUGACGACUGCGAUGUGCAACUCCUACAUGCAGCUGACCGCUCGUGGUGUCUCCAUCUUGUUCGCGACUGGCGACGGUGGAGUUGCUUCGACUCCUGGUGUGUCGUGCUCUGGACGCGCGUUCCCCCCUACCUUCCCGACUUGCCCAUACGCCACUCUCGUCGGCGCCACCGCCGGUACUCCGGAAACCGGCGCUAGCCUCUCCGCUGGCGGUUUCUCCAACUACUUCCCCACCCAGUCUUGGCAACAAACCGCCGUCAGCGCGUAUAUCAAAUCGAUCGGCACCCAAUACGCGGGCAAAUACAACACAACCGGACGGGGGUACCCGGAUGUCUCAGCCAUCGGCCAGAGCGUGUCGAUUGUCGCGAGCGGCUCGACGGGCCUGGUCGACGGCACGUCCUGCUCCUCGCCCAUCUUCGCCUCCGUCAUCGGCCUGCUCAACGACCGUCUCCUGGCCGCCGGCAAGCCCGUACUCGGCUUCCUGAACCCGUGGCUGUACGCCAACCCGCAGAUGUUCAACGACAUCACGUCGGGCACCAACCCCGGCUGUGGCACGAACGGUUUCUCGGCCAAGGCGGGCUGGGACCCGGUCACCGGUCUUGGAUCGCCCAACUUCCCCGCUAUGCUGAAGGCGGCCGGCCUCUAGGUAGAGUUAUAUAAAUAGGCACUGGUGUUUUGUGGAUUCUCUGUUCCUGAUUCUUGGCGAGAAGCCCUCGUUGUGCGGGAUCGAGUGAUGGACGAUGGGGCCAUCGCAGCAAGACGAUCAAUCUCCGUCAUUGUUCCGCAUUCGUCCUGAAAUAGAGAUGACGACGCUCAUCAAAACCUUGUGAGCCUUGUUCUGGAGCCAAGCCUGCUGGGGUUCAGGACGGCCCAAAGGCCAAAGUCGUGCUGACAGCAGCAAAUGACACACUUCC